AAGGAAGACAAGUUAGAAAAUAAAAUCGCAAGCUUCAUUUCCCUUUUCUUCACUCCUUUGCACUUUCCUACUUUCCUUCCUCUUCCUUUCGUCCUCCGUUCAAUUCCUUUUCCAACGAACUUUUUCUUCGUCAAUCAGAGAAAGUGUGUGUGUGAGAGAGAAUAAUGGAUUGGGGAAACGUCACCGCUGAGGAUCUCAUCGACGCUCUCCGCGAGGUCGAUUGGUCGGCGCCGCCGCGCCCGCUGUCGGAAUUCUUCUCUCGAUUUACCGUUCCCAGAUCUUCUUCCAAAUGGAACAGCCGCCUCAAAUGCAAUCUCUACUACUACCGGACCAACUACUUCCUUUUGAUUGUGUCUGUUCUCAUAUUGGGAUUUCUUCGGAGGCCGCUUGCUAUUGUAGCCGCACUUCUUACUGCACUCAGCAUUGCUUUUCUGAAUGACAGCUUUGCAGGUACCUUUAGUGAGAAGGUAACAAGAACAGUUAGGCAAUUUUCACCACAUUUAGCUGCCAAAAUGAGACCUCCUCUCACGCCUGUUAUUCGUGGACGUCCUUCAGCCAAGAGAGCAAUUUAUAUAUGUGGUCGGCCACGUUGGGUGUUUGUCUUGAUAUUUUCUUCUGCAAGUUUCAUCCUUUGGUUUGUUUCUGCUGGUCUCCUGACUGUUUUAUGGGCUCUUUCUAUUGGUCUUCUUGCUACCAUCCUACAUGCAAGCUUUAGAACACCAAACUUGAAAGCUCGUCUAAACACAUUCCGUGAAGAAUUCCGUGCAGUAUGGCGCAAUUAUAGUGAACUUUAGCUUACAUAAAAUUUGUUGGACUUUGAUGUGUUGCUGCUUUAUGAAGUAUUUUCCUUUAAUUGGAAUGGAACAUUCUAUAGGAAGUUGCGAACCAUUGGAACUACCAGCAGAUUGUAAAUUUUCAGGAAUCUUGCUUUUGUAAAGUACACUGUUUACGUUGUUUAUUAUGUCUAGAGGAAGCAUUGAAAUAUUGAUACAUGCUGUAACCUAGAGAAUGUCGUCAUUCUAGUUGUCAAAGUUCUUAAUUGCUCUAGACAUUGGUGACAUAAGAUACGUCAAGUUCUUUUAUGUUUCUUUUAUUUUGAUAUUGUUGUGAUUCUGAUUAAGGUAGCAAAAAUGGUUGCUUGCAUUGUAUAAUGCUUGCAUUAGUGCGUAGUGGAUGAGUAGAACUUCAGUUCAUGCAUCACA